CAUACAGCUUUAUAGUAAGUGUUGGUCUACCCAUCGAACGAAUGAUUAUAUUUUGGAGUUCUGUAAAACGUACAUCGAACGAAAAAUAGCGAAUGUGAAGUGUAAAUAAAUUGUGCACAUUCAUAGAAUGUGAUUUCACUGUCUUUUGGCUGACUGCCUCCUUAAUAGAAUCUAAAACUUAAAGAAAAAGAAUUUAGAAGAUAUUGCAUGGUUGCACAAAAAAGGAGGAUCUUAACGCAUGCGCGGUUGGUGCUCUAACUGCCGCAGUAAGAGUUAGCAGGAGAGGGAGGCUAGUUGUCAGUAUAGUACACAAUAACCCGCGGAACUCUAGUGAAAGAUGCGUUGAGAGAAUAGCUGAUGAAACGUAGUGUUGAUACUCGCCCUUCACGAAAGAAGAUGUUUUUUUUUUAGAUUCUAAAUUAAAUAGUUUUAUUCAAUAGUUAUUCGAGAUGCAAUCUAACAUCCAGACGAACAGAUUUUUAGUGUCAGCGAUUGCGUGCACGAGGUGACUUUUGAAGGCUGGUUCUUACACUUAAAGACACUUCUAGUUUCUGACUGUUCUGGGUGCUGUCUGACAUGUGUAGUUUUCCCAUCGGUCUGCUACAGCUCCCUCAUAAAAAGGAAUACAGCUUGGGAAGCUACCUUAGAGAGACAUAAUGUCAGCGCUGAGUGAUUCGGAGUGGUCAGCGUCUGGUAUCGUAGAGUUUCCACCCAAUCUCACCCCCGAAGAACAGUGUAUGAAAGAAAGAAAAUGGUGGUGUUUUCUUUUAUCAAGUAUAUUCACUUUUCUUUUCGGCUUGAUUAUUAUUUUAUUAUGGCGAGCGUUUGCUUUCUUGUGCUGUCGGAAAGAGGAAUCAGGGUCCAGCAGUCAGGGUUCUACCAUCAAGCAUCAAAAACAGCCGCAAGGUCCUUUACCCGGUCAACCGGUAGACAAAAGUCACCAUGCAACAGAGAUAGGUUUCAUGACAGAAGCCAAAGAUUGGGCGGGAGAAUUGAUCUCAGGCCAAACAACCACCGGAAGGAUUUUGGUGGUGCUGGUGUUUUUUCUCAGUAUAGCGUCUUUAAUAAUAUAUUUUAUUGAUGCCUCAACCACUGGAGAUCCUGCCAAUGGGGAAGGGGUAGAAAAAUGUGAGAUGUGGUCGAGCAACACAACACAACAGAUAGACUUAGCGCUAAAUAUAUUUUUUAUGGUCUACUUUUUUAUACGUUUUAUAGCUGCAAGUGAUAAACUGUGGUUCAUGCUUGAGUUGUAUUCCUUCGUGGAUUACUUCACCAUUCCGCCGUCCUUUGUCUCUAUUUACCUCGAUCGUACGUGGAUAGGCCUACGGUUUCUGAGAGCGUUACGACUGAUGUCAGUGCCCGAUAUCUUGCAGUAUUUAAAUGUGCUCAAGACCAGUAGCUCCAUUCGUCUGGCUCAGCUAAUUUCCAUAGUUAUCAGCGUUUGGUUAACGGCCGCUGGUAUAAUCCACCUGCUGGAGAACUCUGGAGAUCCUUUAGAUUUCGACAACACCCAUAAUCUGUCCUACUGGGAAUGUGUAUACUUCCUUAUUGUCACGAUGUCGACCGUCGGCUACGGUGAUAUAUACUGUAAAACCAUGCUUGGAAGGGCAUUCAUUGUAUUCUUCAUCUUAGUGGGCUUAGCCGUCUUUGCCAGUUGCAUUCCAGAGAUUCUAGAGUUAGUUGGGACUAGACCCAAAUAUGGUGGUGAAUACAGACAGGAGCAUGGGAAAAGGCACAUUGUGGUAUGUGGUCACAUUACCUAUGAAUCAGUUUCACACUUUCUCAAAGAUUUCCUUCAUGAAGACCGUGAAGAUGUUGAUGUAGAGGUCAUAUUUUUACACAGAAAGCCACCAGACCUAGAGCUGGAAGGUUUAAUAAAGAGACACUUCACGACUGUGGAGUUCUUUCAAGGUUCAGUUAUGAACACAAUCGAUCUACAACGAGUAAAAGUUCACGAAGCAGAUGCAUGUUUGGUGCUGGCAAACAAAUAUUGUCUCGAUCCCGACGCUGAAGAUGCAGCUAAUAUUAUGCGUGUUAUUUCCAUAAAAAAUUACUCUGAUGAAAUUAGGGUUAUCAUCCAGUUGAUGCAAUACCAUAACAAGGCCUACCUCUUGAACAUCCCCAGCUGGAACUGGAAGCGAGGGGAUGACGUCAUUUGCGUAUCGGAGCUGAAAUUAGGUUUCAUUGCGCAGAGUUGUUUGGCUCCAGGAUUUUCGACCAUGAUGGCGAAUCUAUUUGCUAUGCGAUCUUAUAAAACGUCACCAGAUAUGGCAUCUUGGCAGAAUGACUACAUGUGUGGAACAGGCAUGGAGAUGUACACUGAGAAUCUUUCAUCCUCUUUUACUGGCUUGAGCUUUCCUCAAGCAGCUGAAUUGUGUUUUGUAACUUUGAAACUCCUGCUUCUGGCUAUCGAAUUACCCGCCGAAGACGGAUCAGAUUAUAAAAUUGCAAUCAACCCAAAGAAGAAACUUAAGAUUCAACCCAACACCCAGGGAUUCUUUAUAGCACAGUCAGCUGAUGAAGUUAAAAGGGCAUGGUACUACUGUAAAAACUGCCACGAAGACAUUAAGGAUGAAAAGCUGAUCAAGAAAUGCAAAUGUAGAAAUUUGGCUCUAUUUAGGAAAGGAGUAAGAGCUGUCCAAGUCGUUGGUAGAGCAAAUGUAUCAGUUCACAACUCCACCUUUCCAACCUUUAUCCCGCCAGAAAUACCCAAGAAAGUCAUGUUAGGAGCGGAGUUGACAAAAGAACAACAAAAUACUAGCAAUCAGCUACAUUUGCAACCCAAUAUCAAUAGACAGAGUGUUACAACUCGCCAGCGUCAUCCAAAGCCUCUUUCUGCCCACUCUCAAAGCAACACUGCCAACGCAGUGACGUCACCAAGUCGUCGUCCGGGUAACGUGACCUAUGCAAGUCACGUGCCUUCUACCCAGCAGCUCUCUCGGACGGCCGCGCCCGACUUGUACUCGAGCUUACAUCUAGCGUAUGAAGUAAAAAAGCUCAUGCCCACCAACCGUCCUAGCGGUAGUAACGGAGCCAAUAACUCCAAUAACGAUAGGCCUUUUCCUGUCGGUCUAGCCGACGAUCAAACUGGAGAUUUUCAUUUCGACAAAACAGAGAUGAAAUACGAUUCCACGGGCAUGUUUCACUGGUGUACGGCACGCCCAAUUGAAGAAUGUAUUUUGGAUCGAAAUCAGGCAGCAAUGACAGUUUUGAAUGGCCACGUGGUUGUUUGUCUUUUUGCUGAUCCCGACUCGCCUUUGAUUGGACUCCGGAACUUGGUAAUGCCUUUGCGUGCCAGUAACUUUCAUUAUCAUGAGUUGAAGCAUGUAGUAAUCGUGGGAAGUGUGGAAUACCUGAGACGAGAAUGGAAGAUGAUUCAAAACCUGCCCAAGAUUUCAGUGUUAAACGGGUCGCCACUGAGCCGAGCUGACCUUCGAGCUGUGAAUAUUAACCUAUGUGAUAUGUGUGUAAUUUUGUCGGCUAAAGUACCCAGUAGUGAAGACCCAACUUUAGCUGAUAAAGAGGCAAUACUUGCGUCACUGAAUAUCAAGGCAAUGACUUUUGAUGACACAAUUGGAGUGUUGACAAACAGUACAGUUGACCAAGAAGGAUUUUCUCCUUUGGGUAGUCCCAUUACCCUCCAGAGAAAAGGGUCUGUGUAUGGAUCUAAUGUUCCACUCAUCACAGAACUAGUGAACGACUCCAAUGUUCAGUUUAUGGACCAAGACGACGAUGAUGACCCCGAUACAGAACUUUAUUUAACACAGCCAUUUGCAUGUGGGACAGCCUUUGCUGUCAGUGUUUUAGAUUCCCUGAUGAGCACAACAUACUUCAAUGCUAACGCCUUAACGUUGAUUCGUUCUUUAAUUACUGGAGGAGCUACUCCAGAAUUAGAGCUAAUUUUGGCAGAGGGCGCUGGUUUGCGAGGAGGCUACACAACACCAGACACUAUAAUUAAUAGAGAUCGCUGCAGAGUUGGACAAAUAUCACUGUACGAUGGACCUUUGGCCCAGUUUGGAGAGGGAGGAAAAUACGAAGAUCUCUUUAUAACUGCACUGAGAAAUUAUGGCAUGCUUUGUAUUGGCCUUUAUCGGUUUCGUGACACCAGCUCCUCCUGUGAGGCAUCUUCUAAGCGUUUCGUCAUCACCAAUCCACCAGCUGAAUUUACACUGCUGCCAUCUGACGUGGUGUACGUGCUCCUCCAGUUCGACCCUGGCAUGGAAUACAAACCCAACAGAGGAGAAGAGCCCAAAGAUGAACGUUCCUGACUCUUAUUUUGUAGCGCCUUGACAGACGGGCCUUACUCUUUCAUUUGACCAGAAAACUAUAAGCUCACGCGAUUAGUUAAGAAGUUCACAUGUUUUUAUUUUUUGUAUUAAUUCUAUAAACAGUCGUUCCAGGUUCUGUAAGGCAGGAGAUAUUUAACAAACAAUGAAUCUUCCAGUUCUUGGAGUAUUUUAAAAAUGAAUAAACAUAUGUAAGUCAGCGCACCAGAUGUACAAACACUAUGUUCUGUAAUUAUUACAUUAUACUCGUAAAUACGAAGAAUUACAUUGUGAAGUACUCGUGAAUGUUCUCAUUCAGAAAAGUGUGACAUGAGCUUGGAAGCUUGUGUUCCUUAUUUUCCCGUUUUUUUUAAUAUUAAAAGUAGCAAUUAUUGAACAUUGUCUUCCAAUAAGUUAUGCAUGUGAACUUCUGUUUUCCUUCAUUUGUUUUGUAUUUUUAACAACUUUGUGCAUUUCUCUGUUCAGCUUAACAUUUUAAGUUCAAUUGAAAUGGUCAAAUAUAAAGAGUAAGACGUGAUUUCUUCAGAUUUAUUGAUUGCAAGUACACUUGAUAAAUGGUUUUUAGAACAUUCCUAACCUUAUACAAGAAGCAAAUAAAUGAUUGGUGUAAAAAAUAAUGCAAAUAAUUAAUAUCAAACAUCAGAUUGAAAUAGUAGAAUUAUAUCUCUGAAUAGUCAAAGCUGGUUACAUAAAUCUGAAGGGAGAAAAAAUCGUCAAGGACGCUACAAGAACAGACUUACACGUUUUAAGAACUAAAAAAAAAAAGGUUGCUACAAGAAACAAAGUAUACUUAUACUGGUAAUAGUUCACCAGAUGUGAAACCUUUCCCACUGAUCUCUGCAAUAUUAUUUACACGUUAUUGGAAACUGUAUGAACGUCAUAUUUAUAAAAUGGCGAACUUUAGUUUGAUCACUACACUCGAUUAAUCAUCUAAGUGUUAUAGUUUGUUUGUUUUUGUUUCUGUAAAAUUAACAGGGCUACACCUCUGGAGCACUUUAUUCUUGGGUAUGUAAAUUUAAUAGUUGUGUUGAUCAGAAACUCUUUGUAUAUUAUAUUCUUUUCUAGAUUCCACCUUUUCUUACUUCCCUCACUCCUGUACCGCUGUCCUUAUAGCUUCUGAUCUGUGGUUUGUUUUAUUAUGUUAUAUUACAUAUAGUAAUUCACUACGUGCAAGUGUUAAGGUACGUAUUUAUUUUUCAAUACUAAUGCAAUAACGGCGUCUACGUGUAAACGUGAAUAGACGUAUUUAUGUGGUUCUCAUUAUACUGGGAAACCAUGUGCUUUGUGCGAGCCCAAUCAUCACUCCAUCUUUGUCUAUAUUAUGUUUGGGUAAAACAGAAAACCUAUGUGGAUAUAUAUAUGCACGGAACGAAGAGGAUUUUUAUUUCUAUACGAAAAAAAAAUCCUGGAUAGAUAAUUUCUCUUUGAUUACUGUAAGUUUGUACAUUCUCUGUACAUAGAGAUGUAUAGAUUGUACUCUUCUAAACUUCAGAGUUCAAUAUUGAUGUAUAUACUUAAGUGUUUGUAUGUAACUACAUUGGCAAGUGUGUGUCCUUACGUCUCUCUAUACAUGCAUAAAACGUAAUUACUGAAGCAAACUUGUUAACAUUGAAACAAAUCUGUAAAAUCGAAAGUUGUUGCCUGUUGUUGUAUUCUUUUGUUUUGUGCGAUAAAAUCGAUAGAAUAAUUUUCAUAAAUAGCAGAAGACUACCACAAGUUGUAAGAACAUUCCAUGAAAUGAAAGACGCUUAAACGACAGUUUUCCCGCCAUUUGUAGCCACGUUUAAGCUAUUACUUGGUGUUUAUAAUCUGCUGAACUGUUAUUCAAUAACACUUAUAGAACAUCGAUUAUGUAUUUUAUGACAAGUGUUAUAACUAUCUUUAUAGGAUGUUUAACUGUUUGAUGAGAAAAAAAGUGAUGCAGUUAAUAAUAUGAUAGAAUUACUUUUUAUUUGUAAUUAAUGUAAACAGCGUCGGCGUUACAAGUCUAUUAACAUUUCCAAUGUUACAGUGGGUUAAUUUAGGACUAUUGGUUAGUGUUAAAUAGAGAAGUUAAAAAUAACACGAUAGAAGCAAUUGUUAUUUAAAACUGUAAAUACACGUAAAAAGUAAAAAAAAAUAAAGGGUGUCCAGAAAUUAUGUAAACAAAAUUGUUUACUUGUGUUCCCGAAUUUAUCAUAUAAUUUUCUGACGCCCUCUAUAUUAAUCGUAGAAGCAAUGUACUUCAGAUGGUUUGAGCCACUGUUGCAUAAAGUUUAAAACAAUAGCGGAUUAUGUCGAUCCCUUCAUACUCGUAAGGAAGUAUUUACAGACUUUAUGAUACUUAAAAUAUAAAAGCUGUUUUCAAAGUAAUAUAUACUUUAUAUUAAAGUCAGUAUCAAUCUGGGAAAAGCUGAAAUACACUUAAGGAUGUUAAAAAACUUUAAACACAAUCUACAUAUGUACAGUAAUUGUUAAAUUUACGGUACCCACAUUGACAUUAAGAAGUGGUUAACUUGCGGUAUAGUUUGAUAUUCUAUAAAAUUAAAAGAAAAGACAAACAAACAUUUUAUAAAAUACUCAUAAUUAUUUCGUUUUUCAAGUCCUAAAAAUCUAUAUAUAUAUAUAUAUGCGUUUGUGAAAACAAAUAUCGUAUUUAAAGGCACCUCUCAGAAGUAUCCAUUACUAAAGCAAACAGUAAGAUACUACAAUAAACUAAGUUUUUUGUAAUUUCUCCCAUUGCUUUAGCCCUAAUAAACAUCAAUGUUGUGUAAGGGAGUAUUUAAUAGUAGUGCCUGUGCUGUGCUGAGACAAUCUCUCUUAGUAAGUACUUUAUAAUAACAAUAGUGUAUGGUGUUCAAUAAGAAUGGCAUCGGUAUAAAUGGUACCAUUAAUAAUACAAGGUAGGAACACAAUGGCAUACUAAAAAUGACACCAUUAAUCACACUGAUAAAAAUUGUAUAUGUAAUAAAAGGCGGGAAUAAGUUUUUCAGGUUUACAUAAAAAUCAUAAACAUAUUUUGUUUUCUGUAUUUUUUGGUUAUGGUAAGAAAUAGUGCCAUUUUCUUCUCUUUAUACUAUUAGUGGUGCAAUUUCAACUGGUGCCAUAAUUAUCGGAUUUAUUUUUUCCGAGAUUCAUAGUAUAGUAACCAUAAAUAUUGUGUGCAAGUAUGUCGGAGAAGCUGAGACAUUUAGUUAUGUAAAGUUCAAAUUAUACAGGUGAAGUAUUUGUUUAAAUUUUAGAGGUAAAAGUUGUUUGAUGAAUUGUGGUUUAUGCCAUACAGAUAAAGUUUUAUGUAUGGGAUCAAUGGUUAGUUGUUCAAUUAAACUUUGAAGUAGAUAUGUAUAUAUAUGUUUAAGCUUGGCGUUAUAUGCAUUAGAAUAUUAUUAAAAGAGUUUAAUGUCAAAGUGGUUAGACAACUUUAUACUGCAGCUAGAAGUAAAGUUCAUAACUUUAUGAAUGAUAGAGUUUAUAUUUCUAAAACCAAAUCUGCCCCUGAGGUCGGUCAUUUUAUUUUUCGUGUACCAUGUUAUCAGUUUCCUAUCCUAAUGCUAAUCUUUUUAAGAGUAGUAUAAGAAUAAGUAUACUAAAACUUGUUUAUGAAGAGAGACGGAUGCUAUGAAAAUAAAUCGUUAACCAAACAAUAUUUUAAUAUGUUGAAAGAAAAUCCGAUUUAUGGUAAAUAUGUAGUGAUAAAAAUGUUUUCAUUAAAGUAUGUUAUUGUUUAUGGAAAAAUAAUAAUAAUUGCAGCGUUCUAAUUGUUGGUUGUCCUGGGUGGAGUGAAAAUUAAGAAGUAUUGCAUUUAGUUCCUAAGGGCAUAAAACUGUCAUCAGUGAAAUUAAAAUGGUUGUUAAAAAGUCCGAGUGAAUCUGUUGUGAGUUAUAUUAAAAGAUCAACUGAUAACUAUUUAGCUUCAUAUUUUUUUUUGUUUCAGGUUUAAAAUAAGCACCUUGUACUUUGUGACACUCAUCGAACUCCAAUUGGUGUUAAAUUAUAUUUUGAUUAAUAAGAGGGUUUUAAUAAUUUGUUUGCUCAGAAAUAUUGUUUUACAAUCUCCAUUAAAAACUAACUUUUCAAUGGCCUUAAUAUUCAAACACGUUACGUGAUAUUAAAAUAUUUUCAUAUGUUCUACUAUAGGCUACUCAAGUAACACUAAUAUUUCAAACAUUUUAAAAAGGUUCUUUCUAUACUGACUUGUAUGAAAAAAGAUACUUUUAUAAUUAUAUUAUGGAGGUUUAUGCAUUAUUCGAUUUUUUAAUCAUUUUAUGGCUAGCAAUAAGUUUCUAAUAAAACCCAGAAUUCUAACAUGUGAACAUAUUUUAUCCUAUAUUGGGGAGUUUUUGUCACAAUAUAGCAUCAUAAAAAUAGACCGACUGAGUUGCUACAGACAAGUUAGAAGAUAGAAAAGUAUCUAUGUCAAAUUGUAUUACAGCCAGAUAAACAGAUAAAACGUAACGAGCUUGAAACACAAAUGUAACUUUUUGUGUAGGAAAUUUUGAGUCAUACUGACAAAAGUAUUAGCUGAUUAAGAUCAUGCUUGACGAGCGUUUCGAAGAGAAGACUGUUCAGUGAGCUCUUAUAAUCUCAAUGCACUCUUUGUUGGAUCAAUAAAAGAUGUCUCAAAUGUU